AUGGGAGGGGCGGCCGAUGGCACGGGGCGCUUGGACACGUCUCGUCCUGGGCCCCCCAAGCAGCCAGGGGCGGGCGCGAGCCUGGGGCAGGGCAGUGUGGCUCCAGUGGCCACCCCAGCGCCCUCCAGCCUGAGCCCUGGACACCCAGGGGCCGUUAGAAGCGGGCCGCACCUGGGCGAGACUCGGCCGAGGGCCGCCCGCUCCCACGUGGACACCUGCAGGCUCCAGCAGAACUGGCUGGAAGUUAGGCCGGGAGACCCCCGGCCUGUGCUGGACAGACGUCCACUGAUGUAUGAGCGGCCGGACGUGCACCAUCCCUCGUGGGAAGGGGUCGUCCUGCAGUGUCCACUGCACACGCGUUGUGGGCUCUCUGUGCCACAGACAGCCACGCGCAGGACUGCCGCCACGCUGGCCCUGCAGUUGAGAGUGACGUGGCCGCCAGGCCCGAGGACUCACGACCGGCUGCGCCUUCUCCGUCCGUCCUUCCCCGGCGUGUCUCCACACAUGAAGAUCCACGAGAAGGACCCCCACGGCACCCCCUCGGCCACCCCCCCAUCCCCCCUGAAGCGCAGGAGGCCUUCGUGCAAGAGGAAGCUGAGCCAUGACGGCGAGUCAGAGAAGGAAGACCCAGGGCCCCCCAAGAAGAUGGUGGAAGGCGGGCCGGCGGGCGCCCUGGACAGGGCGGGCGAGGAGGUGUGCCAGUGCCCGGUGUGCGCCAAGGAGUUUGUCUGCAAGUACGGCCUGGAGACCCACAUGGACGCCCACUCGGACAACCCGCUCAGCUUCCGUGGCUGGUGUGGUGGUGCCGUGGCUUGUGCCGUGGCUGGUGUGGCAGGUGUCACCCAGCUGCCGGGCCCCGCCGCGGUGAAGGCGCAGCUGGAGCAGGACGGCCUGCUGGAGGCGCUGCUGCCGCUGGGCGUGGAAGCCAAGAUCAAGCAGGAGAUGACGGAGGGCGAGCUCAAGGCCAUCGUGGCCGGGCCGGGCGGCAAGAAGACGCCGGCCGUGCGCAAGGUGCUGUACCCCUGCCGCUUCUGCAACCAGGUGUUCGCCUUCUCGGGCGUGCUGCGCGCGCACGUGCGCUCGCACCUGGGCAUCUCGCCCUACCAGUGCAACAUCUGCGACUACAUCGCGGCCGACAAGGCCGCGCUCAUCCGCCACCUGCGCACGCACAGCGGCGAGCGGCCCUACGUCUGCAGGAUCUGCCACUACCCGUUCACCGUCAAGGCCAACUGCGAGCGCCACCUGCGGAAGAAGCACCUCAAGGCCACGCGCAAGGACAUCGAGCGCAACAUCGAGUACGUGGCGAGCAGCGCGGCCGAGCUGGUGGACGCCUUCUGCGCGCCGGACACCGUGUGCCGCCUGGCCCAGCCCCCAACCCCGGGGCUUUGGGACCCCGGACUCAGGCCCCUGCAGGCCCAGUAG